GGAAGUAACUAAAGCAGACAGAUUCACACAGAGAUCAUUCAGCAUAAAGAAGACGAUGAAGAUCCUCCUCAUCUUCUUCACUUUCUACCUGAUCUCAGCCAAAGUGAGAUGCUUCACUGUCACUGGAUAUUCUGGAGGAAGUCUUCUGCUGGAUUCUGGGAAACCGUGGUUCAGUGAUUCUGAUAAAUAUAUGGCUAAACAAUACCCACGGAGAACAAUAAUAAAUUCCAAGAAACAUUAUAAAUGGAUUAAUGAAGGAAGAUUCACAUUGUUUAAAAAUAAUGAGGGACUUCUUAUGAUCUACAUCAGAGAUUUGAAUAAGCAUGAUGCUGGAAGAUACUGGAUCGAUGUGGAACAUUUCUGGUCCAUUUCUAUGGUUUUGGAUGUAAAAGAAGACUCAUGUUGUAAAGUGUCAAAGAGAGUGAUGGUGAAUGUUGGAGAAACUGCCUCCUUCAGCUGUGAAUAUUCACAGAAUCAUAUUAAUGAUGAUAAGAUCAUAUUCAAAGAAGAAAAAGCCUCCAUUGAGAUGAUAUACAACAGAUGGAAGAAGAAAGAAAGAUUCAGUAUUUCUGAUAAGAAAAAUAAAAACGUCUUCAGUGUGAAGAUCACUGCUGUGACUCCAGAUGAUGGAGGAGUUUAUUUAUGUGGAGUUUGGAUCAACAGACGCUCGUACAGUUACUCUGUUAUUAAUACUGUUCAUCUGCAUAUUAGCACUAAAGUGGGUGUGUCUAGAGCAAGCAGCUACUCAGGAAGUGGUCUGAUGAUCAAGUGUGAACAUCCUCAAUACAAAACCAGACCAAAAUACAUCUGUAAAGAAUCAGACGGAUGUUCAGAGAAGAAGAAUCCUGAAGUUCAGAAUGAAAGGAUGAAGAAUGGAGAUGUUUCUUUAUACGACGACACCAGAGCAGGAGUCUUGAUGGUGUUUUUUAGAGAACUGAAAGCUGCAGAUGAAGGAACAUACAGGUGUGGAGUGAAAGUAUCUGACUAUACUGAGAUCUUCACUGAGCUUCAGCUGAGACUCAGACACGAUGUUAAAUAUCCAAAGAGUGUGACUGAAUCUGUGUAUCUUCAUGGAAAGGUCAACUUCACCUGUCAGAUCCCAGAGGCGUAUGAAGUUCUGUUUUGCAAAGAGGAUGAUAAUCACACUUAUAAUCACAUGUGUCGAAACAUCAGCUCAUCUAAAGUCACACACAUGAGCGGUUCAUCUGAGAGAAAUGAAGAGAGAGUUUUUACAGUGAGCAUCAGUAAUGUGAGCGUGAGAGAUGCUGGAGUCUACUGGUGUGGAGCAGAAACCAGAGACACUUAUUUGACUUUCAUCUCCCUGACCACCAAAAUUCAGCUCAACCUCAUCAUGCCUCCAGUAGUGAGACGUGAAGGAGAAUCUGCUGAGAUCAUCUGCCCUUAUGAUUCAAUCUAUAAAUCAAAGCCAAAGUCUCUCUGUAAGGGGAAGUGCUCCACUAGAGACAGAAAUGAGAACGAGACCAAGACUGACAGACUGACUCUGAAAGAUGACGUCUCUACAAGUGUCUUCACUGGGACCAUCACUGGACUCACAGCAGAGGAUGCUGGGAAAUACUGGUGUGCAGUGACAUCAGAAACAGAGCUCAAUUAUCUUUACACUCAUCUGAUGGUCAUCGUGAACGAGGAGCUGAACUUGACUAAGUACGAAGGAGACGACGUGUCGAUCCAGUGCAAACAUCACGAUGAAGAGCAGAAGAGCUUCUGCAAAGCACACCAAGCCUCCGUGUGUGUGAAGGAUGGAGUUUCGUUGGAGACCGUCAGAGAUGAUCGAUUCUCUUUCAGUGAUGAAGCAUCUGCUGGAGUCUUUACUGUGAACAUCACUGAUCUGAGAGAAGAGGAUUCUGGGAUAUACUGGUGUGGAGCUCACGCCAUCACUGAAGUCAAUCUAGAAGUCAAGAAAACUGGUUUUACCGGCCUAUGUUCUCCAGGUGUUUCUGACAGAAUCAUCGUCUUUUGUGUUUGUGUGACUCUGCUGCUGAUGGGAGCAUCUGUCCUGUUUUUCUACAAAUACAUCAAGACACGAGAUCCGCACCCUCUCACGGACAGGACGGAAACGAGCUCCGGGGAGGCCUCUCAUGCAGCGUGUGACUAUGAGAACAUCCGAGACGUCAGACAGCGUUCGCUCUCGGGAACUGAGGAAACCGUGUUGUAUUCCACUGUUGCGCAUCCCACAGAUUCGUCUGAUCCGCACGACACGUUGUAUUCAACGGUACAAUUACCCACAAACCCCUCUGACGGGCUCCUGUACGCUUCGGUCCGUUUCCAGAAGCACAAAGAGUCUUUCGGUGACUCUCAAGUAGGCUUCAAUAACGAGGAGCUUUACAGUCAAUACAGCACAGUCAGUCGAAGCACGUGACUCGUUUAGACACAAUGAAACAAAUAUUAUAUAUAAAUCUAUUACCAUUUAUCGUAAAGAAAGUACAUGUUCUACUCAAAACAAGACAGCCUACUCAGCCGUUAUGCAGAAACGUCUGAUAAAUGUGAAGGAAAUUCAUAAUUGUGAGGAAAAGCUCCACUAGCGUGGCAUUCGUUUGCAUGCGACACAGGAUCUGAUCUCGUUCACUACAGUUAGUCAUUUUGCCACACGUGAAAUUAAAGAUAACAGAAUCCCUAUGAGCAAAACAAGCACAAGAACAGUGCAUCUGCUGGAAACACACAAGAAAACAACUCGAAUGGAAAGUUUUUUGACACAGCAGCUGGGUUUUUAAGUGUCGUUCACACUCUGCAAACAGCCGGUGCCACAAAAUGCUCCACGGAAAAGGAACCACUUACAGAUUUUACUUCUAACUGCACUGUGUUUGUUCAGAGAUGUUAACAGAAGGACCAAAGUGUUUAGGUGCUGGAUCGGUUAUGAGACUGAGAUUUUAACGCACUCUAAUUUUUAUUUUUUUUUUAUAUUGAAAGUAAUAAUCCCACAGGGACAUUAACUUAUAUGCCACCUUUAACUAGUUGGUAGUUCACUUGACUACUAAUUAUUUGAUUCGUAUAUCACACGAUAUCUGUUGGAGUUUGCUGUUCUCUGGUGUUCAGUAAUUAAAAUAAAGUUCAAAACAUGACUGGUUUGUU